UUUUUGUCAUUGAAUAUUUAUCAGUUUAAUAAUUAUUAAUACAGGGAAUCACGAUCAAGCCCCUCGUAAAGAUCCUGAAUGUGAAACGAGCCGAAAAGAAGAAGCCGACCAUGAACGAAAGGAUCCACGAAAGGAUAAUAGACCACGUGAUGGCUGGGAUCGAGGACAUUUUGGGCAAGCAUGGCAAUUACCACGUUCGGGAUAAAUUCAAACGGUUCGAUAAUAAAUUUAUUCGCCCGUAUCUGGUGAGGAAUCACUACGGUGCCGAGCCGAAAAUAUUGGAAACGUAUUCGAAACUCGCUAUGAAAGACGCUCUGGAUUACAUCAGGAGGAACGCGUCCACCAUCGGCAAUAUCAGUGGAACUGAAAGCAUGUCCGCUAUAUUCCGCAACUAUAGCAACACGGGACAAUUCAAUGGAAGUCCAAGUUGCAGCCAGCUCGAAGCGGGCUGGAAUAUUGAUCUCCAAGAAUUGGAGUACAACCCUUCCAAGAAGGACUUGACGGACGCCAGGAUCCACCACCUAUUGGCCGAAGAACUUUGCAAGCCGUACAAGAGGCAUGGAACAAAACUGUUGCAGCAUCGGCGUUUAAGCUACAGCCGACACGCGGUGAACGAUCGCGACCUGUCAACCCAAGUCAAUUACAAAAUGCACAUGAACAUAAGACGGAUGAUGGGAGAGCACAAGCAUCGUCACAAGCGCAGUAAAAAAUUGCUCAAAGAUGGUAAGCAGAAUCACGUGAGUUUCCCGGAGUUCCAGCAAAACGGAUCAACCAAGUUGUUCACUCAAGAUUACAUCAACGGUGUCCUGUACGAGCUGGAAAACGGAGAUACUUCAAAGCCUUCGAGCAAGGAGGACUGGGACUCUGCGAUUACCUUCACGGCUCGCACUUCCGAUUCGUUGAACGUGAAUACAGAUGGCCACCACGGCGUCACCACCACUACCUCAAUGGAUACCAUAAAUACCGACGAUCCGGAUAUGAAAUUAGGACGCGACGAAAGUUACAGGGUAACAACACCAACAGCCACAGAAACUAUGUUGCCGUGGAAAAGGGAGGACGACUACGAUUCCGGUCACCCGAUCAAACAAAAUGAAUUUCCUGCUUGGUGUUCUAACAAAGAGUAUCUGGCUUAUAGCUCUCCUUCGGCGACAUUUUUAGGUGGAAUCGAGCAGCCAAAGGUCCAGUCAGUAAUUGGUCUAUUCCGUCGCGAGAGCGUGUGCACUCCAGAUGGUAUCGAUUGCCAGGAAACUGUGGAUGAGCGUGACGAAUACACGUUGACGGGGACGGAACAGACCGAAGAUUCGCCUACGAAAACGUUUAGUGAAUACGAGAAAGAUAACAAGAAGGGACCCACAAGACGCGUGUCCAUGAUGGAACUAGGCUCGAUGGAGAAGUCACAUUCAGACAAAUGCACGGAUGACGGUUCUCAUUCCCUGCCAGAGUGUUGGAACGCUCAACGAGUCCGGAUGACCUCGUUCCCUUACUCGGCCCAAGUUCCAAGCCUCUCGACCGCUCUCAUCACCUCCUCCUCGGAAUCGUCGGAGGAGAUCGACGAGGAGGAAGAGAAAGCUUGACCUUUGGGGAUCGUCGAGGGGCAGGCGUCAUCCUACGCGGACGAAGAACGUCGUUUGCGUCGACCAUGGCGACGGCCACCCCGACGCUCAUUGCUUUCGUCGCUUCUGCGACGUCCCAGCGCUCCAGUUUGAAUGAAGGCGAGUGUCUCGUAUCUUCUCCUCCCUCAAGAGGAAAGAACGAGCAACAUUUCAAAGAUUAAUUCGUUCCCCCUGGACGAUUGUCGAUCUCGCUCCCUUCAAGACGAACAUUUUUAACAAACAAUUCAAGAGGAACGAAGAGCUGUUGUUGACCAGAAAGCUCUUCUUCUCUCUCACAGGACCACGAUGACGGAAAGUACCUCUCGUUUUGAUUACCGAUGUUUUCAUUUGCACGCAGAAACGAGUGAUUCGGGAUUGUUAUAUAUUAGAUAGUUCCGAUAUUAUCAAAAAAAAAAAGAGAAAAAGAAUAAUAAUAUUUUAUCGAUUGGUUCAAUCGUUGACGAUACAUAGAAGUGUGCGAAAUUGUGCCAUGAUUCAAAAAUUUGAAUAUCGGGAAAAAUCAGAAAUAUUCGGAUCGGAUAAGAUCUCGAUAUUUUCUGUGUUCUUUCGGGACAAAUCGGACAAAUUCGGUUAGGAUUGAACAGGUACGAGGAUAUUGCGAGAGUUCGACCGAUUCUGUCCGAAUUUUUCCGAAUCUAUGAUCUCGGGAAUUUUUAAUGUCAAUCAUUAGACAAUGGAUGUUUGUAUCUUUAUGAAAAAUCGAAACCUGUAAAAAGAAAAGAACCAAAAAAGAAUAUGUACAAUGUAAAAAUCUUGAAGUUGUAAUAUUUAGAGACUGAGAAAAAUCUUUGUUUCAGAAUUCAUUUCUUUAGUUUCCAAAAAGUAUGGCACAAAUAUCCGUAAUCUAAUGAUGAUAUACAAUCGAAAUGUGAUUUCGUCAAUAACGAUGUUACAAUUUUAUGACGAAACGGUCAGUCGAGGUUGAGUUCUCUUUUGAUACCUGGUGACCGCGUAAAUCUUUUUUGAACAUUCGACCAGACUGAUGAGAUGAGAGAGUAAAGAGAGAAAGGGAGAGAGUGAAAGAAAGUGCGAACGAAAGAGAGAAAGAGAGAGAGAGAGAGAGAGAUAUUUUUUUAAACCGAUACACCUCGUUUCCUCCGUAGUACGACUGAUGAUGAAAUAUUACAUUUAUCGAUAGACAGGAGGUAGUUUUUUUUUUUUUAGUAGUUGAUUUUUCAAAUGCUUCCUGAAGAAAUUGCGGUUCGUCCAAUUAGAAAAGAAAUGUUUUCGAUCGUAGGAAUGAAGAGGGAUGGAAAAGGGACCGAGCAACGAUAUUUCUUCGUCAAUCUUCGUUGCUGCGUUGUUUUCUGCGUGCUAAGAAAGAUCGAGAACAGGGAGAAUGCGCGCCAUUUUAAACUCCUAGACGCUGUAGCGUGUUUCCCAUUUAGCGACGACUCGUUAUACGAUCGCUCAUUAACUUGGUAUCGUGGCCUUAAGAUUCCUAGAAGUAUCCUAGCAGCAACUCUGAACCUUCCGAUAUAUUGUAAAAAAAGAAAAAGAAAAAAACGAAAGAGAAGAAAAAGGAAAAA